CCGAAACUCGUAUCGCGGUAUCGGCCGCGUUUUUUUUUUUUUUCAUCCGUCUCUCCACCGCUUUCGCACGUCGACCGGCCCGCCCCACAGCACGACGACGACAACGUGCGCAGACCUUACGUUUUCCACCGCGUUUCGCCAACGACCCCGGACGUGGUACCAGGGCGGUAAUGUACCGACCGCGGUCGCCGGUGGUAAUCUCUCGCGUAUGCGGGCUUACCGCAUUCGAGUAUACCGCGACAUUGUGACGAUAAGUAAGUACUCGGCGGCCGACCUCGAUCGAUAUGGACUGCACGCGUCGACAGACGUCCGCUAACGACAACCCAGACAAGUGGAGCAUCGGCGUCAGUACGAGCAGCUGAUCGUCGUCUCUCGGGACACAUCUAAACAUACAUUGUUAUUACUUUGUUUUCGAACGCAUCCCAGAGAACCGAGAUUUGGUAAACACAAAACAAUGGCAGAUUGCGAAAAACUGGAACAUCAGUGUUUGGUAGGUGUAUUUGUCUCGCUCGCCUCUGUUGCCGCGUACAACGAAACAUAAUAUCUAUUGUAUUUUUUUGUUUCUAUAAUAAUGGUCUCACCGUCUUACCCCACAGCAAAAGGAGUUCGAAUGGGUACUGAACGAAGAGGUACACUCGAUAUUACACCAGCUGAACAUCAUACUUAACGUGAGUAACGACUUAUUUUCUUCCUUCCCCUCCCCCCGCUGUUGUUAUAAACAUUCCCGUUUGGUUGUAGGAAUGCGUACGACGAUUUCCGUCGUGGGACAACGACAACCAGGUGAAACAGGAAAGGUACAUCCUGUCAACAUCGCCUGACCAAUUGAAAAGCAUCGUAUCUAUAUCCGGCGACACCAUACUGCAGGCGGUAAAAAAAUGUUCUACCGUCAUUCUCUCUUCUCUUAAAACUAUGCAACAUUUACAGUUCACACAUUACGUAUCAAUAUUAUUAAUUGAAUUACCCUUUAAAGGUCGUGUGUUACCCAGCAAAUUACACAAUAAGUAUGUACUCAUCCGGUAUUCCUCGAGUUUGAAAACUGUUAAGUAUUCAAACAAAUGGACAUAACUUUAUCUAACAUAAUCUAGGUAUAGUUUCUCCAGUUUAAAGUAAUCUACAUUUCAUUUAUAAAAUUAAAUUUAAACCCCUCAACUCAAAUAAAUAUAAUAGUUACUGACCCAAAUAUUACAUAAAAACUAUUUUAAAAUCGUGUACGUGUACCAUUUAAGUUAUUUUAUAUAAACUCGGUUUAUAAAACAUAUUUUCAUCUAAAAAGUAUCAGCUAUGUGUUAGUUUAAAAUCAAAUUAUUAAACUUAAAUUUGUAUUCUAUAUUAUUUCCAAUUAAUGAGCCCAGUGUUUAAUAUGCGACCUACUGACAAAUUUGUAGUCUAACUUGUAAUCAAUAACUACAUUAUUUAUGGUUUAGGUGCUUAAAUUUUCUGGAUUUUUCCAAUUUAUUAUGAUUACCCCAAAGAAAAUCUAAAAAUUACUUCUUUAAAGUACCACCCCAGUCAAUAAAAGAUGCUACGCUUGAAAAUCGAAACAAAAUUUCUAGUUGAAAAGUUCUUCGCAGAAAAAAAUUAAUUAACAUCAUAGAAAAAUAAAUACAUUCCACGCUCCUCUUAUAAUCAUAAAAUAACUAUUAUUUAUUUCAAAUUUACACCACCCAUCUUAUAAAUGUUUUUACCAAUUAUCAUUCAAAUUUUAAAAAAUUAUUUUACUUAUCUAUAUUAUAAACAUUAUUUUUGAACAGAAAUUAUUUGCAAUAUUUGAUGAGAUUAGUUUUAAUUAUUUAAAACCCAUUAUAGGAUAUACAAUUUAAAGUUCAACGUAAUCAACAGCAAAUUAUGUAUCGGACCAACAUCCGCAACGAUUGCCCAUGGAAGUUACAUCAGGUUCAAGAUGCAGGAAAUCAUUUAAGACAAGCCAUUUUACAAAUUGAAAAAAUAGACAAGGAAACAAUUUUUAAGUAAUUACAGAGUUUUAUCAAACAAUAGGAUUUAAUAAAUAUAUUUAUUUGUGCUGAUUAUUGUAUAGUUCCUCAGAAGAAGUAUUACAUAUACUACGGAAUUUAUUGGGUUGUUUACAAAGAGGUCGUACAAGUCUUAUAGUCCCGCGUAAACGAACUAUUGAUGAUUUAAUUAAAAGUAGAAACAUGGUAAGUAGCGCCUACUUAUUAAAAUAUCAGAGAUGUUAUAAAAUUGCUAACCCAAUGGUUACGUUUGUUUCAGAAGUGUUUGACACCCAACUUACCGGAAGAUUUGGCUAUUAGUUUUUACAUACAGAGCCAUAAACUAAUAUUCGCUGUUUAUCAAUUGUCUAGUUUGAAUGGUGCAAUGAAGUAUGACACAUACCAAGCUGAGUGUUCUGUACCGUGGUUAAAUGAAGUCCUUGUCCUCUUCACGGUCGCCUUGCAACUAGCACAACAGUUAAAAGACAAGGUUAUUAGUUGUAUAUUCAUUUUAAAUGGUUAAUUAACAUAAUGAAAAUAUUUCUCUUGUAGAUAUGUGUAUUUACCCAAUACAGAGAUAUUACUCAGUUGUCGCGACCUGUUUCCAGCAUUGCGAUACAGUCAUGAAUAUUUCUUUUGUUUUUCUAUUACUAUUUAUUAACAUAAGUAGAUAAGUUGUCAAAGAAGAAGAAUAUAUAAAUUUGUAUAUUUAUAUUUGUUACCAAUUUUCUUCAACAAUCUUUGUCUAGCAAUAAUUUAAAACUUAUUUUUUUAAAUUUUAAGUUGUCAUAAAUAUACUUUUUUUUUUUUUCCAAAAUUGUAUAGAAACCUAAAUUUUCAUAUUUACUAUAUAAUAACAGUAUUGUUUUAAUAGCUACAAAUGUAAUAGUAUUAUCAUCAAAAUUAUUUUUAAUAUAGUUUUUAAUUUUUUUUAUGACAGCACUUAUUUAGUGGUGAUGAUUAUAACUAUAGGACCAUUAUUUAUAUUCUUAAUAUAAUAAAUGUAUAGUAUCCAUAAGUUAUAUUUAAGUGUUCUAGGACAAUAAUUUGAUCUGACUAUUUACUAGAUUUACGGAAUAUGCUCAUAUUCUAAUUUUAUAUUACACACUUUGUGUAUAUUUUUUUUUAAUUACCUUUGAUCUUUAUAAUUUAUUUAAUGCCAGUUUAUAGUUAAUUUGUUAUUUAAUUAAUCUAGGUAUUUAUAUGGAUCAAUUAUUACACUAACAUGGCUGUUUUAUUAUACGAUUAUAAAGUUAGUAAUAGUUAUUUAUUUAAAUUGUUGAAAAAUAUUGGAGAAUUAUACAGCUGAUGUUAAACUAAUUAUUAAUAAAUGUUAAAACAAUAAUAUUUUAGG